AUGGGGACGCCAUUUAGAAUUCCGUUUGCAUAUCAGCACGCUGAGAAUGCUAAUGUGAACUUGACAAAAUUGGUUUUGACAAAUGAGCUUGAUUCAGUCAGGAUAGUUGUGGGUUUAGAUGAAACUAAAGGUAUAGAAUCAAUUAAAAAAGUACACACCAAUACUUUAGAACCUAUCAAUGAACUCACCAGCUAUAUUGAAAACCCUGAUAGUGAAGAGAAAAAUGAAUUUCCUUUAUUAGUGAGGAUAGACCCAACAUUUAACAGAUUAAAAUUGAAUGUAACCAUAAGACCAACAACCGAUUUUAGCAACAGGUCCUUGAUAAUUGUUAAAUCCACUGGCAAUUCAGAUAUAGAAAAGUUGAAACCUCAAUUAUAUGAUGACUCAUCAUUCGAAAAUGCAGUUGAAAUUUCCAAACUAGAGUAUAAAAAGCUACCAAUUGAAUUUAAUGACCACAGCUUUCAAAGACUAAUUAUUAAUGAUGUGUUUGAUAAAUCAAUUGUUAAUGAUUCAAAAUUAACCAUAUCCCUUUGGGAGCACGAUCCAGAAUCUAAUGAUUACAAUUACCUUUUAAACUUCAGUGUGUGGAUAGAUACCUACACCAAAGAACAGACAGUAGAAAACAGAAGCAUAUCAAGUAAUGGCACAACACUGGAAGAGAAACUUCAAGAAUCAAGGCUCUUUAACCUAGGUGACUUCAGAAGGGAGUUUAAUUUAAAUAUUGAGGACGGACCAGAGUUUAGAAAGGCACUAAGUGACUAUGAAAGUCGAAUUCCCAAAGCAAAAAAGGUUUAUGCUAGUCUUAUUGAAGAUUUUAAAGCAUUGGAGCAAUCUCUAAGACGGCUAAGUUUGACAAAAUUAAGGAUCAUGGAAGGUAUAAAUUCAUUGCUUGAUUUACAUUCAAAAUCAUUGCUUCAAGAAUUCGGCUUUAAACGGGAUUUUGACAAGACAUUCAAGUCAAUGUUUGAGCCUUUUGAAAAGAAUUUGAAAUUCUUCCUUACUGAAGUAUGUAGCCAUUCAUUGCUUUUGAAAAUUGCCCAUAAUUUGUCGUCUGAUUUAUUAGAUCUAGGUUUGUCUGGGGUCGGUGGAGCAUCUUCAAAUUCCCAGAGUUCAACUUCAGUCGAAUUAUUGCAAAGAAGGAAACAAUUCGAAAAUGAUUCUAAAGAAUACUACAGUUGGCUUAAUAAGUAUUUGUCAAAUGAAAAGGAAAGACCAGAACUGAAAUUGUUAGCAAAAAGGAAAGCUUUUGAAAUUUCAAAAUUCGACUAUUUGAAUCAUCUUAAUAAAAUAACCAAUAAUCAAUAUAUAAAUGGACUAUGGGAAGACCUUUUCAAGUUUAUGAAUGUGAAAUAUGAUGAGCAUAAUUGCAAAUUUCUUGAUUUUAACUCGUACAGGGACAAGAAGUUGAGCCAGCAAUUGAUUGGAGAGAAUUACCAACUUUAUAUUCAUGCUCUAUUAAGGUUUAAUAGUGAAAAAUACCAAUUUAGACAAAAAAUAGAAGCUUGCCAGACAAAUGAAGAGUUGACAAAUCUUAUAAGGUUUAACAGACUAAGCCAUCAUUCGAUGAACAAGUCAACCUCAAUGGCUGCCACCAGUAGUGCUAUCACAGGAACCAAUGACUUUAUUAUAACUCCAGAAAAUAUUGAUUUGAUUUUCUCAGAUAGUCAGCCACCAAUUGAGCUGAUAGCUAGUGAAUCAGAAAUGUCAGGAAUUUUAUUUGCUCUUGGUGGACAAGGUAAACAAGGCUGGCAUAAAGAAUGGGUGGUAUUAAACAAGGGUCAACUUAAAGAAUAUGCAGAUUGGAGAAAAGGUAAAACUCCAAUAAACAAGCCAAUUGAAGUUGUAUUAUCAAGUGUUAAACCGGUCACUUACGAUAAAAGACAGUUUUGUUUUGAGAUUAUUACUUCCCGAGGAGCGAAACAUGUAUUCCAAGCUAUUAAUGAUAACGAGAGAGAUAAAUGGGUAAAAGCCUUAUAUAAUGCCGGACAAGUUGUCAAUACCCAAAGAUUGAAAAAAAGAUUUGGAAACAAUAGUAAUGGGCAUGCUGGAAAGUCCUCACUGGACAAGAAAAAAUUGGGAAAGCUUAUCACUAACUUUGUUGAAAAACCAGAAAAUAUUGGAAGGUACAUUGCUGAUCUCGUUGAGAAACCAAUAAUACCAGGACAAUCAAAAGAUAGAUCUGUAUCUCCAGUUUCAAUAAUAUCGAAAGCACCUACAGUUUUAGAAAAGGAUUACUUAACCUUAGUGAAAUCUAUUCCUGAAAGCGAUAAUAAUAUAUGUCUUGAUUGUGGAUCAACUGAACUGGUAGAAUGGGUUUCUAUUAAUACUUUAUCAUGUUUCUGUGUUCAAUGUGCUUCUUGUCACCGGAAUAUCGGAUCUCAUAUCACCAGGAUUAGAUCAUUGAAAUUGGAUAAAUUUGACAAUGAGGCUGAAUUAUUAUUGAAAUAUAUAAAUAAUAGACACGUGAAUUCAUUCUUGGAGGAAAAUAUGAAUCCUAGUGAAAAGAUAAACAGCAAUGUAACAAAUGAGGCUCGUUUGGAUUUUAUCCGGAAAAAGUAUCAGGUGAAGAAAUACAAGUCUGUCAUACCAGAUAUAAACAAUCAGUUAAUUAAAGCUAUUCAAAAAAUCAAUAUCCCCGAUGUUUUGAAAUAUAUACUAUGCGGAGGAGAUAUCAAUAUCAACAUUCAAAUAAAUAUUCCCAACAGAACCGACUAUCUUGUUAUUUCACUUUUUGAAUAUUCUUUACGGAAGUUUAUUGAAAUUGAGGAUGAUUUGAUGCUAACAUCUGAACCUAAGAAGCUAUUUAUAAUUUCUGAGCUAUUAAUAUUGAAUGGAUGUAAGAUUGAUUCAAUUAGUGGAGUGAAUUCUGAUUUGGGAUUAACGGAAGAUGCUACGAAAUACUGGAAAUUACGUUCAGUGAAGUUGGGUGGAGGAUUUCUAACCCCUUAA